AUCACGACUGUCACGUGUUAAACGUCCAAUCAGAAACGAGGACAGAUCCCACACUUCCUGAUCUCCACUGACGCUAUGCGGUUCCGGUUCUGUGGGGAUCUGGACUGCCCCGAUUGGGUGCUGGCCGAAAUCAGCACAUUAGCAAAGAUUUCGAGCGUGAAGAUGAAACUCCUUUGUGCUCAAGUGUUGAAGGAUUUGCUGGGUGAGGGUAUAGAUUAUGACAAAGUUGCAAAGCUGACUGCAGAUGCAAAGUUUGAGAGCGGAGACAUCAAAGCUAGUGUGGCAGUGCUAAGCUUUAUUUUUUCCAGUGCUGCAAAACAUGAUGUUGAUAGUGAAUCUCUGUCCAGCGAGCUGCAGCAGCUUGGCUUGCCUAAAGAGCACACUACAGGGCUUUGCAAAUCCUAUGAAGACAAGCACUCUGUACUUCAAGACAACCUAAGAGAGACCAGCUUGAGAUUUCGACGACUUGACUCCAUUUCCUGGCGUGUCGAUUACACUCUGAGCUCUAGUGAACUUAGAGAAGUAAAUGAACCCCUGAUACAUCUUAAACUUCAGACACACGGAGCAGAGCCAGGCUCCUCCGAAACGACUGUGGUCUCUGUCUCUGCAGAUAAGUUCAGGGUCUUGCUUACUGAGCUCAAACAGGCGCAGGCCAUGAUGAAUGCACUACAAUGAAGAAUGAAGAACAAACCUUGGAUCAGGAGCGAGAUACAAACGAUGCUGAUGACCUGCCAAAAUUGCCAUAAUUGCCUCUUGUACAGUAUUAACUAUUUGCUUCAAUUGGUUAUGUCAAAUGUUAAGAUCUUAAUUUCUUACUUGAAUGUACUAAUAUUUAGUUGUGUAUUCACACCUAAUGUAUCCCUCAAUUAAAAAUACACUCAUGCUUUUUAAUUUCUUUUUUGUAAAAUAUUAUUUUUGACACGUUUUUGUUUGAACCAUGUGUAUAUUGUUUUGUUUUCAAUAAGAAUGCUUGUAAAAAGGUAAAAUGGAAAUAAAGUUUGCAAAUUCUU